AUGGACAAUGCACCUUCGCACGUAACUUUGGAUCUUGUGCUCACCAACGUCACCGUUCAGGCUCUGCCGCCCAGUACCACAUCCAAGGUGCAGCCAAUGGACGCCGGUAUCAUCGCUGCAUUCAAGCGCCACUACCGGCGUCUGCACCUACAUAACGCUUUGGAUCGCGAUGAUGCGGGAGCGGCCGAUCUCUACAAAGUGGAUCAAGUCACAGCCAUGCGUUGGUCACUUAUGGCGUGGAGCGAGAUUUCGAGCACCACCAUUGCGAAUUGCUUCAAGCAUACUGGACUCGUGAAUGGGCCGACUUCACCAGCAGUUGAAGGAGGCGCUUCAGCAGGAGAAAUUCAGCAGCCUGUGCAACAGGAUGCAGAUCUGGUUGAUAAGGAGGAGCAGCAAGUGGAGAAGGAUUUGGAGUCAGCUCUGCAACGCCUGCCUUUGCGCAAUCCAAUGUCUAUUGCGUCACUGCUUAAUCCAGUUGAUGAGGAGCCGACGGCGCAUGCGGAGUUAAGCGACGCCGAGAUCAUCAAUCUCGUCCAGGAUGCUGAGGAGGUGGAGGAAGGAGAAGCUGAGGAGGAGGUGGUGACACAUUCCAUAUCUGAGAAGCUCUCUGCUCUUGCUUUGUCCAUUUCCUCCUUGAUCUAUCCCAGGAACGAGACCGCGCCGCCCGCCGCGCUUUUCAAGCCCAACUUCGUAGUGCUAAUACAAGUCAACCACACUGGAUUCAUGGCUAAAAUAGGCUCCAGGAUGCUCCAAACAAUAUUCAUCUACUCUUGA